AUGCCGCCCCUUGCACCCACGGCUCGAGAGGUGGUCUUGCUCCUGGUCUUGCUGGUAGCCCUUCUCACUUUCUCUUCUACACUACCUCCAUAUACGACGAGCAUCAAUGAGCUGGUUCAACCAUACGCGCAAUCGGAGAAUGUACCUUCUACUGCGCUUAAUCCCUCACUAGAGUCCCAGUACACGCUGCAGUCCCUGAACAGACCUCUUAGCUGGGAUCUGAGCCAAGUUCCGGAGACGAAAAUCGUAGUCCACGUACCUGGUUGGACCAUAUUCGAUAGACUAUACUUGCUCAACGGGACUCUAUACGUCGUCACGGAUCAUCCGCAGAGCAUACCUGAUAGGAGCCACAUGAUAUCCAAUGCAAUCUUUAUCGAGGAUGGACCCUAUUAUCCAGAAAAACAUGCACCGUCGGACCAGGAAAUGCGCAUCAUCGACACGAACGAGGCCAGACGUCUCUUCGGCCUGAGUGCAGAGAGGUUAGAUGGUGUUUCGUGGCUUGCAUACGACCCCAAGCAAUUUAUUACGCACUAUUACCAUUGGUCUGCAGAGCUUUUCUUUGGCUUCUGGCGGGCCUACUCGUCCCUUGAUCCGAGUAUUCCUCCGACCGGGGAGACUACUCUGCCCGCUCCUCGUCGGAUGAUCUUCCCGUCUCUGGACGCUAACAACUGGCGAGACUAUGCGGCGAUGAACCAAUGGGUAUUGCGGAGUGCUUUCCCUUCCAUUUCCAUGGAGUUCAUGAAUGACUGGAAGGAGCGUAUCAUUAUGGGUAGAACGUUCGUGCUUGACCGCGUCGUGCUUGCCGAUCGUGCAGCCGCGAUGUAUGGCGACAACUUCCUGCGCACUCAGCGUACUGCUGCAAAUGCAUUCGCGCUUCCAGGGAGCGUCAACUGGUGGAGCACCAUCCGGAACAACGUAGUUGGCUUCGCGGGGCUCGCGGAGAUGGGGGGCGCCAUGUCAGUACAGGGUGUGGCACGCACGCCUGUCAUUACAUACAUAUCUCGUCAGGGCUGGGGUCGCCGCAUGCUCAUUGAGGAAGAUCACGAACGAUUGGUGCGCGAGCUGUACGGUUUACGCGAUCAAUACGGGUAUGAGGUCAAUAUCGUGAGCAUGGAUAAGCUGUCGCGUAUUGAGCAGUUCCAGCUAGCCGGUCGAACAACGAUUAUGAUGGGUGUACACGGCAACGGUUUGACCGCGCUUUUGUGGAUGCGGCCGACUCCUAGAUCAACCGUCAUGGAGUUUUUCUAUCCAGAUGGGUUUGCUCAUGACUACGAAUAUACCACUCGCGCACUGGGUAUGGUGCACUACGGAUUCUGGAACGAUACACACUUUACUCGCCCGGAUGUGCCUAGGGUGAAUUAUCCAAUUGGCUUUCAGGGCAACGAGAUACCCAUUGAUGGUGCAGCCGUUGUGCGACUGUGCCAACAGCGGUUGACACUGGCGGAAGAGGCGGACGAUUAG